AUGGGGGUUUCGUCUCCCCGCCGGAAGUCACCUUGCACCGGGCCUUUUUCUACCUCGAACGGUGCUGACGUGGUGCAAUCGAAUCCUGAGGUCACUGCCUCAGGUAUUCGUUUAGGAGAAGAUGAGGAGGGUGACAAUAGCGAGGGUGCCGCUGCGAGUGACAAUAGCGAGGGUGCCGCUGCGAGUGACAAUAGCGAGGGUGCCGCUGCGAGUGACAAUAGCGAGGGUGCCGCUGCGAGUGACAAUAGCGAGGGUGCAGCAGAGGAGGUGGAGGAGCCGAGCAUACCGGUUGUGGCGAUGGCUGACAGCCGUCCGAUCGUUGUGAUCGUAGGGCGACCCAACGUUGGCAAGUCAGCUCUGUUCAACAAACGAUCCCUACAGGCUCAUGCGGCGCAGAGAGGCCCUGGUGUGCGACACCCCGCAGGGCCACAUGACGAGAGACGUGCGCGAGGUGGGCUGGGAGAGAGUGGUGGUGGGGGAAGGAUUAUGGGAUUUACUCCGAGCCUGCUGGGGAAUUUACCAGAGGCAGAUCGUGCGGCUAUGGAGGCGUCGAUUCUGCAACGAACGGCCGAGAUUACUUCGUACUUGCUGGGGCAGGCAGCGGCAGUGCUGUUCCUCGUGGAUGCCAGAGCUGGCAUACAACCUGCUGACGUGGAGGUCGCUGAUUGGCUGCGCCGCUCCGUGCCAAAGCACCGGGUGGUGGUGCUGGCGAAUAAAUGCGAGGGGUUGGGCGGCGACAGCACAGGCUUGCUGGCCAGCCACGUGGCAGAAGCCUAUUCGCUGGGGUUCGGCGACCCGAUUCCGAUAUCUGCUGAGUCUGGCGAGGGAUUGGAGGAUUUAUAUGCGGCUGUGAAGGGACCUGUGGAGGAGAGGGAGAGGGAGGAGAGGGAGGAAAGGGAGAGGGAGGCGAGGGAGAGGAGGGAGGAAAUGGAAGGGAGGAAGAAGGCAGUUUCAGGUGAGCACAGCACAGGGAUGAGGUCGCGCACAGAGCGGGGCGAUGCUGCGGCAUUGGCUUAUAGCGUUGAGUGCUUUGGUGCAUUGGGUGGUGACGCUGUUAAGGCAGCUAGAGCUAUGGCAAUGCCAACUGCAGAUGCAUUAGAGGAGGAUUUGGUGGAGGAGGGGGAUGAAGCGGCAGAGGAAGGAUUGACGUUAUCAUCAUCAGUUGGACAGGCGGAAGAGGCGGCAGGGGCCGCAGGGGCCGCAGGGGCCGCAGAGAUACCGCUACAGCUGGCGAUAGCGGGCCUGCCGAACGUGGGCAAGUCAACGCUGGUCAACUCGCUGCUGGGCGCCCAGCGCGUGCUCACGGGGCCUGAACCGGGACUCACAAGGGAUGCUGUGCGGAUUGGCAUCACCUACCAGGGCAAACCCAUGUGGCUGGUGGACACAGCUGGGUGGGUGAAGGCAGCGCAGGCAAGGCAGAGGGGGCCGGUGUCGCUGGCUCGCAUGGACAUGGAGAGGAGCAUUGGACGCGCACACGUGGUGGUGCUGGUGCUCGAUGCCGCUGUGGUGGCGGAAGAGGAGAAGUCCCUGAAAACUGCAGAGAGGUCGCUGGCGCGGUGGGUGUGGGAGGAGGGGCGAGCGCUAGUAAUAGCUGCAAACAAGAUGGAUGUGGUGGGAGGCGACAGGGACAAGCGGUGGGUGAGGAAGAAGGUCAGGCGGGCUGUCCCAGUGGAGAUCGCUGCCCUGCUGCCCCAGGUGCACAACGUUCCGAUAGUGUUCACGUCUGCUUUGCACGGGGAGGGAGGCAAGGAGCUGAUGCAAGCGGUGUCAGACGUGUAUGAUCGAUGGAACACCAUGCUGCCUGCUGCGCGCCUCAAGCACUGGCUGCCACAGGUCCUCAGGAAGCUUCCUGGAUCGUGCACCGCAGCUUCCGUGAAGAGCAUAGUGCAAGUGAAGUCACGCCCGCCCACCUUCGUGGUCCGUGUGACCGCCGCUGCUGCAGGGGACCGGUCUCUUGCCCGCUUCUUUUCCACGAGAAUUGCGGCUGACUUUGGAGACCGUGGUAGUGCUGCUGCUGCAGGGGACAGGCCUCGCGCCCGCUUUUUCUCCUCCAAGAUUGCAGCGGACUUCGGGUUUGACGGCGUGCCGGUGCAUGUGGUGCUUCGAACCAAAGACGGCACCCGAUGGUGA